ACUCACCUGUCUCCUCCCAUCUACCACACCUCAGACUUUCCUCCAUUUUCUCGAAAUUGAAACUAUAAGUUACAGCAAACCACGAGUAGUUGGACGAUGAUCAGUCUUGUUUAAUGUGUGUUAGCCAUGACAUACAUGGACCAUCAUCAUUAUUUCUAGAACACCUAUUGUCAAUUGAAUUGUCAUGGCGUCAUCGGAUUUUGUCAGAGACAUAUUAACAAAGUGGGACCUCAGUCAAUGGAUUAAAAAUUUUGAAGAGGAAGAAAUAGAUGAAGAAGGUUUUCUCUUACUCGAAGAGAAAGAAUUCAUUAACUUGAUCCCAAAAAUAGGACCACGGACAAAAUUUGCUCACAAACACAAACUUCUAAAGGAACAGAACAAACACAGCAAUGUUGAUGAGAACUUUGAAGUGGCCACGACGUCAACAGCUUCCAUUAACGCAGCCAAGAGUUCCUCAGGAAAUAGUAUUCCCUCAACCAGUGUGGAUAAACUUCUUUCAGAGAAAAGGAAACAUGAGGUAGCCAAUGCAAACAUGCCAAGAAAGAAGCAGAAGAGUAGGGAUGCAUCCAUCAAUCUACCUCCAAUGUUUGACAGUGAACAAAAGGCAGAGGUGAAGAAGAUAAUGCAAAGAGUCAGAGGCAAGCUGGAUGGAAUGCCUUCUACAAAACUUACUGACUUCCUCAGAAGUAAAAUUGAUGUGUUGGAUGAAGACAGAAAAGACAUAGUGGGUGUUUUUGGGAAGACUGGAGCUGGUAAGAGCUCCUUAAUAAACGCCAUAUUGGGUAAGAAGGAACUGCUUCCUUCUGGAAACCAAGGGGCAUGUACCUCAGUGAUGAUUCAGGUGGAGGCCAAUAUGAUUAAUGAGAAAUACAUCGCAGAGAUUGAAUUCAUUACAGUGCAGGAUUGGAAAGAUGAGUUAUGGUCAAUCUUACGAGUCACAUCUGGUGAGGAGGAAGAGGAUGAAGACAUGGAAAUUGAUGUAGAGGAUGGUGAUGAUCAUGAUAAGAUAAAAGCUUUGUAUGGAAAAGAGGGACAUGGAAAAAAUGUAGAGGAACUAAUGGAUAAGAAGCUCUUCGAAAUCCCAGAAUUUUAUUCAUCAUGUAAAAAACAAAUUGUUUGUGACACAGCUGAAGAACUGUCUAAAAAGAUAGCUUGCUACGUACUGAGUGACUCAAACAGUGAUACAUUUGAAAGAAUGUACUGGCCGCUUGUGAAAUGUUUAACUGUCAAGGUGCCAAACUGUAAAGACCUACUGGAGCAUGUUGUGCUGGUGUAUCUUCCAGGAAAUGGAGACUGCAACAAGAGCAGAGAUACGAUGUGGAAGUCGUUUGUAGGGAACUGCUCGGUUGUUUGGAUUGUGAGCGACAUUUCACGAGCCAUUUCAGAAAAGGAAUCUUGGGAGAUUUUAGACAGCACUGUUAGCCUCAUUGGACCUGGUGGAGAAUGUAGAAGCAUCAGCUUCAUCUGCACCAAGACGGACGACAUUGAGGAGAGUGUAAAGGAUAAUGCUCGCUCCAUUAUUUUGACCAGAAAUGAAAGUACCAAGAAAAGAGUGAGGGAAAUAUUCAACAAACAAAAAUAUGUAAAGAAACACUUCAGUGAUGCAGAUGGUUUCUUUAAGGUGUUUACUGUAAGUUCCAAGAAAUACAACAAGGAAAUGCAGAGUGAACUGGAUGAAAAAGCAGAAGAGUGGUUGAACGGCCUUUAUGAUACAGAGAUACCUCUCCUUCAGGAAUUUCUCAGAAAUCUCAAUGAUCAUCACACAAGGACAUCAGAUUAUAUUUCUGGAGUGGAUGGGAUCCUGUCUUUGAUACAAGCAGCCAGAAACAGCGACAUGACAGACCGCAAAGAAGAGGUGUGCCAGGCUUUGGAACAGAAGCUUGCGGAUAAACUUAAAUGGAUUGUUCAAUACAUGGAAAAGCCUUAUAAUGCUUUCGACCAAUGUCUCUCCAAAGGAGUUCAGCAGUCAGAAGAUUCAUGCGACACAUUAAUGAGUGAAGUCUGGAAAUCAUGUCGUGGACAAUAUGGAAUAGUGAGGUGUUUAUGCGAGAAUAAUGGCAUUUACAAACCAAAAGGGAAAAAGAAAAAGCGGAAGGAAAUUGACGUCAAUGAGAGUUUAGCCUCAUGCAUGAGAACUUGCAUUGAUGAAGAGUUUACAUAUUUUUUCCCAAAUGACAAAUGUGGCCCAAUCAGGAAAAAGAUUGAAGACUUCACCCUUGACACAAACAGCUUGGUUGAAGACAACAGGAGUGUGUCACUUCAUCUGAAAUUCCUUAAUACAGAGGAAAAAAAGUUGAAGACACAACUAAUCCGUGACCUGCUUGACAAAAAGAAACAGAUCUACUUCACUCUACCUGACUCGAUCAAGGACUCUAUGCGUGUAUCCUAUAUAAAUGCAUCAAUGCAUAAAGGAAAAGGUUCUCUGCAAAGGAUGAAAGAUGAGCUACAUCUGAACAUGAAGAAAGCUAAUAUUUUCCGGAAGGCCAAGAAAGAUAUGAUGGAUGGUUUAACUAAACUGAAGGAUCACAUGGUGAUGCAGCUGAAGUAUAAACUAGAAGAAUCAAUCAGGAUGUCAUUCCAUACUCCCAACAGCUUGUUCCUCCCAGAUGUCACUGAGGAUUAUAACAAGAUUAAGGAGCUGAUGGGUUGCUCUAGUACAAUACCAGUGACUACAAUUUUGUAUCCUCACACUGAAUUGCAGUGUCAGACUGUAUGUCAGACAAAUGUGCAGGAGCCAAGAAUUAUAACUAGUCAACAUAUCCGCCGGCCUACUUAUAGGCUCCAGUUCCCUGAGGCAGGUCUUUUCCAGUGUGGUUUAACUGGACUGGUGUUUGAGAUGGCUGGCAAGGGAAAUGUUUGUGUCAAAAUGAGUCAAUGGGACACCAGUGUCCUGGGCUCCAUGACUCCAGCAGGACCCUUAUUCAGCAUCAGCUGCCCUGCAGUCCUUCAACUGCAUCUUCCACACUGUAUGUGUAAUGAUGAAGAAGUCUUAUCAGUGGCUCAUUUUACUGGUGGCACAAUGGAGAUUGUGAAGCCCCUCAAGACAACUGCCUCCCACGUGGUUGUAAACAUCCCAAACCCUUCCCUGGUUGGCCUCAUCAGAUGUGGUUUGUCUAUACUGCCUGUCCAAAGCCAGGUGCUGCUGUUCCUCUGUCCACAAGGGAACACAAACCAAAAGGGGAUACUGAAUGUUUUUUUGUUGCCGAAGAAUGUGCCGACCUAUGAGGUGGAACACCAACAGAAGGGGAGUACUUUCAUUCAAACCAGUUCUGAAUGCACUUUGAGUCCUGGAAGAAAAUAUGGUCUCUGUUGUGAGCUGGUGGACUAUAACAUACAUCUAAAAAGCAGGACGUUUGAUGGUGACUUCAGCCCAAACUUUCUACCCACAUUUCAGGUGAAUUUGGAAUGUAUUUCAGAUGCCAAGAACAUGAACCUGACCCUUUUAGACAGAGAGACUAAUGACCAGAAAGUGUGGGAGUGUGUGGUACAAACCGGUUAGUAAAAUGCCAGUUUGUUUACUUAUGUUGCCCCUAUAUGUUGAAACUUGCAUGAUAAAUGAAUCUAAUUAGAUUUUCUUCUCAAUUAUUUUUUUUAAUUACAUCUAAUUUUGUAAUAUGCAAAUAGACAGUGGCACAUUGUACCGUUUUCUGGUCUAGCCAUCACGCCUGGAGGUAAAAUCUUAUACGAUAAACUCUAGUUGUUGCUAUUUACCCAAGUUUGCAUUAGUUUGUUCCUGUACCUUCUACUUUUUUGGAUACAAAGUCUUUAUAAAAUCAAUUUAGUACAUUAUAAUACAUUUUAGAUGUUUUGUUUCUCUUGUUUAUUUCGUUGUCCUAUUACACUGUUAUUUACAAAAUUGUUAUGUUUAUUAAUAUUCCUUUUUGAAUAACUUUUUUUCAUGUAGUAAUCAGGGUUUGAGGGUUUAUUUUAUUAAUUCAUACAUAUUCAAAAUAAAUGCCAUACAUUUGAUGCAAGCAGCACGUUUCAAAGAAAUCUGGUGGAACAUCUCACAACUAAUUAGGUUAAUUGGCAACAGGUCAGUAACAUGUUUGGGUAUAAAAAUCAUAGACACCUCGUCCUGUGGGUUGAAAAGGAUAUGGAUCUUACGGCUUGUUAUCACGGCACAUUUCAAAAGCCAACAUCCCUGAUGGUAACAUGGUAUGGGUGACUUGCACAUCUGUGAAGGUACCAUUAAUG